AUGCGGUGUGUCCGUCGCUACUACGAAGCGAAACCUUACUGUGAGCGUUGCAGGGAAGGCGGGUUCCACUGCGAAGGUUAUGUCUGUCACGUCGAGUUCAUAGAUGCAACUACACGCUUGAAUCAGGGCCAAUCUGCAAAACGAGAUCGGUCAUUGGUCCAGCCAGUUCCUCGAGCGGAGGCAGCUCGGGAUUCGGGAGACUCCAUCUACAACAAUCCCCAAUGGGAUGAGCAACACAUUUGUGUGUCGCAUCUAGUCAAUCGUCUUUUUACAUGGCAUACAGAUGACGCGUCCCCUUACUCAGCAUCUUGGAUUACAGUGCUGCUGCACCCCAGAGAUCCCACCGGGCUGUCUACGACUUCGCUCCGUGCCCUGGCUACCACGUACUUUGGGAAGGUUCAUACUCAUCCAGACCUAGUGCGGAAAGGUGCAGGGCUCUAUCCACAGGCGCUGCAGAGCCUGCGGGUGCAGUUGGAAUGUCCGUGUCGAGUCCUGGAAUCUGACCUUCUUGUCGCCGUAAUCUGCCUUGCAACUCUUGAAUCGGUUUGCGCUUGCUCAAUCCUCCGCUUGGCUCCAGCAUUAUUAGGGGCUCACGCGGAUUGCCCGCAUCGCCAUCAGUCUGGUGUUGGAGCCGCCCUUCUUCCUACGCUCAGGUCGUGUAUUGCAAUUGGGUAUAUCGUGGAGAGAAGACGCUGUUUCCUAGAAGGCUCUGCCUGGAAGAGCAUUCCAUGGGCUGGACGAAUAGGUUCUAAGACGCCAAUUGACUACCUGCACGACGUAUUCAGCGACAUUCCGGGUCUACUUGAAAAUUUAGACCGGGUAACUGCAUGGAGCCCAAAUAUACCCGGACGGGAUGAGUUCCUUGGCCAAGUUCGCCAGAACGCAUUAUCAAUACUGGAGAUCCUUUACUCGUGGCGAUGUAAAUGGCAAGAGGAUAACCCCGACACAGCGUUCUUCAUUCCGUCAAGCAAUUCCGGGUCUGAUGGCUUGCCUCCCAGCCCGUUCAAAACAGUCAUUUGGUUCACGGACCCCUACCGCGCCAACGAGCUGAUUGUGUACGAUUCGGUGCUGCUUAUCGUGCUCAAGGCAGCGGAAGGACUCGGGCUGAACCUGGGCGAGCCCCAUUCUUCUAUGACAAAUCCGAGCGACCUUCUUCCUCCAAUACAAAGUAACAGGAAUGAGGUUGCGAUCGAGGUGUGCAGAAUGGUCAAUUACCAUCUCCACUGCCUGCAGAGGAGCUCCGGGGCAUUCAUGCUGUUAUUCCCUCUGAAUGUGGCUUAUCGUAAUCUUGAACCCGAGUCGGACGAAGCCAGGUGGAUGGAGAAGAUUAUGGCGGUGACUGCUGACAUUCAUGGAUUCGAGAUCGGUCGGCGUGAGAAUAUGCUCCAGGCGAGGAAUGUGUCCACCUAA